AUGGCAUUGCCAGACCAUUCUGCUGACACCAGUUGCAUCCCUGAUGUGCUCAUACCCUUCUUACAAAUCAUCGAGGUUGAUCCGCGACCCCUCGUGGUCAUGACUUGUGGAAUCGCAGGAGCCGGCAAAUCCACGCUCGCCAAAGCCAUCGCAAGUAACACGACAACCACAAUCCCACCAUUCACGCGCCUCUCAGUCGACACGAUCCUCCACGCGCAGCACGGACUGUACAAGAUCAACUACCCGGCCAGAGAGUACGGCACACACCUGACCAACGCGGCGGCAACCUUCCACUCGGAAACGAUCCGCCUACUACAAACAACCCCGCCUACGAACCUGGUUCUCGACCGGUCCUUCUACGCGAAAGAAGACCGCGACGAAUACCGCGCGCUGGCGGAGCAAGCCGGCGCGCGCGUCGUGCUGGUCUACCUGAAAGCCUCGAGGGAGGUGCUGUGGCGCCGCAUCUGUGCGAGGAAGGCGAGGGCGGAGACCGAGGGCAGGGAUGCUGAUUCCGCGUUCGAUGUUGGUGAGGAGCUGCUCGACACGUAUUUGAGAGGGUGGGAGGCGCCUGUUGGGGAGAGCGAGGUUGUCAUUGUGGUCACUUGA